AUGGCGGCUUCCGCGCUAGGCUGGUUGCUGCGGGGCGCUCGGCAGGUUCUGCCCUCACCCUGCACAAGGCAAGUGCGGAGCUACUACGUGGACUGGAGGAUGCUGCGGGACGUUAAGAGAAGGAAGCUGGCAUAUGAGUACGCGGACGAGAGGCUGCGGAUCAACGCCAUCCGGAAGAACACCAUCCUUCCCAAGGAGCUGCAGGAAGUGGCUGAUAAAGAGAUUGCUGACUUGCCCCGGGACAGCUGCCCUGUGAGGAUCCGAAAUAGGUGCGUCCUGACAUCCCGCCCUCGGGGGGUGAAGCGGCGUUGGAGGCUCAGCAGAAUCGUUUUCCGCCAUUUUGCUGACCAUGCUCAGAUGUCUGGGAUACAGAGGGCUAUGUGGUAGUUCACCGCAUGGAUAUACAUUCACGCAGAAAACACAAAACAGGGUCAGUUUGUGUGUUCGAGUAAUUAAAGCAAGACUGUCCUGUCUAGGAGUCCAGCAAUCAAUAUCAAACUAAUAAGGGAAGGAUGAGAAGCCAUGCUGAUUCAUUAAACUCGCUUACUGGAUUGCAAUUGGCAUCAGCUUACAAGAAGCAGCAUAACUGCAGUAAACUGGUCUGUAUGAGAGGCAGUUUUAUUUUGAGGAAAAAGUUACUACCUGGUGGUUGCAGAACUAAGCUGAGGUUUGUGAUAUGGGCAACAUUAGAAAUAAAGACAUACAGCACGA